ACCUCGGAGAAGGUAAAUGGACAUACAAUAUCUAGGCUAAGGAUCGUCAACACAGUUUUUAAGACCAACUGAGAUUUAGAUAAACUGUCUACAGUCUUCAUGCAUAGUUCUCAUCUUCAUCACAAGACAGACUGCAACUUAAGGAGGUAAAGACAAGGACAGCGAAUCCUAAGCAGCCAAGUGUAGAAACAGAACUACAUCAAGUCAGCCAGAACCUAAUUGGAUACUUCUCUACUUUAAAAUGGCAUAUGAAAUAGAUACUACAUUAAUGCUUGUAGCUGUUGGUGAAGUCUUAGUAGGGAUUUUAGGAAAUGCAUUCAUUGCUCUGGUAAACUUCCUGGGCUGGAUGAAGAAUAGGAAGAUUGCUUCUAUUGAUUUAAUCCUCUCAAGUCUGGCCAUGUCCAGAAUUUGUCUACAGUGUAUAAUCCUAUUAGAUUGUAUUAUAUUGGUACAGUAUCCAGACACCUACAACAGAGGUAAAGAAAUGAGGACCAUUGACUUCUUUUGGACACUUACCAACCAUUUAAGUGUCUGGUUUGCCACCUGCCUCAGCACUUUCUAUUUCUUCAAGAUAGCAAACUUCUUCCACCCUCUUUUCCUCUGGAUAAAGUGGAGAAUUGACAAGCUAAUCCUCAGGACUCUACUGGCAUGUGUGAUUCUCUCCCUGUGUUUUAGCCUCCCAGUCACUGAAAAUUUGAAUGAUGAUUUCAGACGUUGUGUCAAGACAAAAGAACGAAUAAACUCUACUUUGAGAUGCAAAGUAAAUAAAGCUGGACAUGCCUCUGUCAAGGUAAAUCUCAACUUGGUCAUGCUGUUCCCCUUUUCUGUGUCCCUGGUGUCCUUUCUCCUCUUGAUCCUCUCCCUAUGGAGACACAACAGGCAGAUGCAACUCAGUGUAAGAGGGUACAAAGAUCCCAGCACAACAGCUCAUGUGAAAGCCACAAAAGCCGUAAUUUCCUUCCUUGCCCUGUUUGUUGUCUACUGCCUGGCCUUUCUCAUAGCCACCUCCAGCUACUUUAUGCCAGAGAGUGAAUUAGCUGUAAUUUGGGGUGAACUGAUAGCUCUAAUCUAUCCUUCAAGCCAUUCAUUUAUCCUGAUCCUGGGGAACAGUAAACUAAAACAGGCAUCUGUGAGGGUGCUUUGUAGAGUAAAGACUAUGUUAAAGGGAAGAAAACAUUAGCAUCAUGUACAUAUCUGAAGAAAAGCUAUCACUAAGAGAAAGGAAGGUUUCUUUUUUACGUGAAUAUUGAUUUCAUGCAGUGACAUCCUUUUAACAAACUUAAGUUGAAUCUUGGGAAAUCUCAUAUACAGCAACUUUGAAUGUCUCUAUCUCUGUUUUCCUCUCCCUUUCAAUACAAGUUGACAUAAAAAUUAAUUCUCAGAACAAAUUA